AAAAAACAUAACCUCUUUUCGUAACCUUAACAACUUUUAAAAUAAAUAUGCUACAGUGUAUUUCAACAUAUUUCUUGUGAAAAUGCCCCCUAAACAAGCUAAGAAAACCUUAUGGGUAGAAUGUGAAAAAUGUAAUUGCAAUGUUCUGUCAAAUGAUAAAAAUGUCCACAUAGAACUCUGCUGUGAAAAAGAUCAAAUAAAAUGCCCAUAUAUUGAGAAUAGUGAAUUGUUUUCAUGGCUUGAAAGGAGUAGUGCACUCCCUGAUAACGCUCCGAGAAAUGCUGUGUUAAUUCAUCCAUCAGCAGGGACGUUAAUAGGAGCUGUGAUUGGAAAACCAUUAGAGCUAAAGAAGGAAGGUGCUCCAACUUUGUUGAAACGUAUGUGGCCAUCCAAAGCGUCUUCACCAGCUGCAGUCAUUCUCCCUGCUGCAGAUCUCACAGGAGGUUGGUGCAGUGAUAACAAAAAAGUAAGUGUGACAGUCUUCCAAGAAGACAUACCCAAGGCUUCCAAUAUUAGCAUCAAAAUCAGAAAUCAUAAAAUAGACACAGAUAUAGCAGAUAUAUUAAAAGAGAACUUUAAAAACUAUUAUGUCUGCACUGGGUGUAUACUUGUAUAUUAUUAUUUUGGAAAAAAAUUGGAAAUUGAAGUUUUAAAUGUAAAAUCAAAGCAGGGAACUGGUGUACAUCCUUGGUUUGUUCUGUCGGACGAUACAUUGUGGAGUAUUGAAAAAAAAUCUGCCCAUAACAUAAAAAAGAAAUCACCUGUUAUAGGCGGUGUGGAUGAUAUAAUUGAAGAAAUUAAAACUUUAAUACAAAUAUCCUUUAACACUGAAGGAUUUGCAGCUAAUUUUCAACCCACUAGAGGCCUUUUGCUCUAUGGACAUUCUGGUAUAGGAAAAACAGCAAUUUGUAAAUAUUUAAUUGACAAUUUGAAUUGUAAUCAUGUUGAAAUUAAUGGGCCUGCAAUAUUCAGCAAAUACUUUGGUGAAACUGAAGCUUCUAUGAAAAAACUAUUUGCCCAAGCCAUAGAUAAUGAACCAUGUAUAGUUUUAGUGGAUGAGAUUGAGACUAUAUGUCCAAGACGCUCGGCUGGGAGUACAGAGCAAGAGAGGCGAGUUACAUCAGCAUUUGUAGCGCUGUUAGAUAGUUUACAUGAAGAAAAUAGCCGGGUAUUCAUCCUGGCGACAACACGAAAACCAGAUGCCAUUGAUCCUAUGUUACGAAGAUUCGGGCGGUUGGAUAAAGAAAUUGAGAUUUCAGUACCAGACAGAAUACGAAGGAAGGAAAUUUUAUAUGCUCUACUUAAAGGACUGCCUAAUAAAAUAUCUUCAAAGGAUAUAGAUGCAAUAUCUGAUCUAGCCCAUGGUUAUGUAGCUGCUGAUAUAGUCAAUCUGUGUACACAAGCAUCUCUGAAGUGCAUUAAAAGAGGGAGCGAAUUUAUAGAAAAGGACGAUUUGAUAACUGCUCUUACAAUCGUAAGACCGAGUGCCAUGAGGGAAUUGCUUAUUGAAAUACCGAAUGUCAGAUGGACAGAUAUCGGUGGAAUGGAUGAUUUGAAACUAAAGUUACGACAGGCGGUGGAAUGGCCGUUGAAACACGCUGAGAGCUUCCAAAGAUUAGGCAUAAGACCACCAGCUGGAGUCCUCCUGUAUGGACCUCCCGGGUGUUCAAAAACGAUGAUCGCCAAGGCAUUGGCGACUGAAAGUGGCCUGAACUUUCUGUCGAUUAAAGGUCCAGAACUAUUCUCGAAGUUUGUGGGCGAAUCCGAGCGUGCGGUACGAGAUUUAUUUACGAAAGCACGGCAAGUUGCUCCAUCGAUCGUAUUCUUCGAUGAAAUGGACGCGAUAGGUGGGGAAAGGGGAGCCGGAGAAGCCGGAGUUCAUGAACGGGUGUUAGCGCAAUUACUCACAGAGUUAGAUGGUGUUGUACCUCUGAAGUCUGUGACAAUACUUGCAGCUACUAACAGACCGGAUAGAAUGGAUGCGGCAUUACUCCGACCGGGGAGGCUGGAUAGGUUAAUUUAUGUGCCGUUGCCGGACUUCGAGACGAGGUUACAGAUAAUUGAGUUGAAAUUAGCAAAAAUGAGUAUAAGUGAUGAUGUUAAUUCGCAUAAUCUUGCAACGAGAACCGAGGGAUUUUCGGGAGCGGAGAUACAAGCUUUGUGCCAUGAAGCCGCUUUGCAGGCGUUAGAGAGAGAUCUGGAAUGUUCUGCAGUCUGUAUGGAGCAUUUUGAAAAUAUCCUGUCGAAACGAGAUUUUAAACCGAGAACGCCUCAGUCGUUAUUGGACAUUUACGAACAAUUUGCAUCGGGACAAAGAUCGAGUUAACUAUGGUCAUAAAGGAAAAGGUUAUAAUUAGGUCAUAAUACUCUUAAGUAUUCUUUGCAGUUCCUGAUUUUGCAACUACAGACUCGAUAUAGCAAUUACAAGGUAUAUUACAUAAAAGAUAUAUUUUAUCUUAUA